AUAAGCUUUCCAACCAUAACACUCCAGCUUUUGUCUUUGAAAGCAGUUACCCUUCUCUUGUACAAUGCCAGAGUAUUGAAUCUUGGAAAAGAGGCAGAAGGCAGGAGGAAAGGCUAGAGCUCUUGUGUGUAUCCAGGACAAGUAGAUGUCAUAUGUUAGCAAGGGUACUCUGUGUACAGUCCAUCCUGUCAUGCUCAGGACAAGCCAGCAGGCCUUCAUGUGGUCUGCGACCUGCGGUGUUGGCGUGGCUGCCUCUCCUCUCAGCUCCAUAGUCUGCAGGACAAGACCUCUGUCCCAUCCACGUUGUUCUCCAGCACAGAACGCCUGGGGAAAUGUGCUGCUGUCAGCCGAGCUGGAGCACGGGAACGGGAGCCGAGGGAAGAUGACAGGGAAGAUGUGCUCACCCGAGAGAGGAAGAGGUGGCUUCCCCAGCUUCCCUGGCCUCUCCACCUUGGGGUCUGCAAAUGUCUUGUGCUUCAGGUGGGUGAGAACAUUAAUAGCUGUCUCUGACGCCCGGCAGCGCAGCAUGAUUUUGGAAAUGCUGAACCCAAUGCACUCGAACAUCACCAGCAUGGUGCCUGAAGUCAUGCCCGUUGCUGCCAUGCCUAUCCUGUUGCUGGUGGGCUUUCUCCUCUUGAUUUGGAACUGUGAGAGCACAGCCUCAAUUCCAGGUCCUGGCUACUGUCUGGGAAUUGGGCCCCUCAUUUCCCACGGCAGGUUCCUGUGGAUGGGGAUCGGCAGUGCCUGCAACUACUACAACAGGACAUAUGGAGAAUUCAUGAGAGUCUGGAUAAAUGGAGAGGAAACACUUAUUAUCAGCAAGUCCUCAAGUAUGUUCCACAUAAUGAAGCACAGUCACUAUAUCUCCCGAUUCGGCAGCAAGCCUGGGCUGCAAUGCAUCGGGAUGCAUGAGAAUGGCAUCAUAUUUAACAAUAACCCGGACAUCUGGAAAGCAGUUCGGCCUUUCUUUAUGAAAGCUCUGACAGGCCCUGGCCUCGUCCGCAUGGUGGCAGUCUGUGCUCAGUCUAUCGUCAGGCACCUGGACAGGUUGGAGGAGGUCACCAAUACGUCAGGCAACGUGGACGUGCUGACCCUUAUGCGGUGCAUCAUGCUGGACACCUCUAACAUGCUCUUCCUCGGAAUCCCCCUGGACGAAACUGCCAUCGUGAGGAAAAUCCAGGGUUAUUUUGAUGCAUGGCAAGCUCUCAUUAUCAAACCAAAUAUCUUCUUUAAGAUUUCUUGGCUCUACAAAAAGUAUGAAAAGCCUGUGAAGGAUUUGAAAGAUGCCAUAGAUAAUUUGGUAGAAGAAAAGAGACACAAGGUUUGCACAGCAGAGAAACUGGAAGAGUGUAUGGAUUUUGCCACGGAGUUGAUUUUUGCUGAGAAACGCGGAGAACUCACAAGGGAGAAUGUGAACCAGUGCGUCCUGGAGAUGCUCAUUGCAGCGCCCGACACCAUGUCCGUCACGGUGUACUUCAUGCUGUUUCUCAUUGCAGAGCACCCUAAGGUUGAAGAGGUGAUCAUGAAGGAAAUCCAGACUGUUAUUGGUGAAAGAGACAUAGAAAUUGAUGAUGUGCAGAAAUUAAAAGUGCUGGAAAACUUCAUCUAUGAGAGCAUGCGCUACCAGCCUGUGGUGGACUUGGUCAUGCGUAAAGCCUUAGAAGACGAUGUCAUCGACGGCUACACGGUGAAAAAGGGAACUAACAUUAUCCUGAAUAUUGGAAGGAUGCAUAGGCUGGAGUUUUUCCCCAAGCCCAACGAAUUUACUCUAGAAAACUUUGAGAAGAAUGUUCCUUACAGGUACUUCCAGCCGUUCGGCUUUGGGCCCCGCAGCUGCGCAGGGAAGUACAUUGCCAUGGUGAUGAUGAAAGUCGUCCUCGUGACGCUUCUGAGACGAUUUCAUGUGAAGACACUGCAAGGAAGGUGUGUGGAAAACAUACAGAAAACAAACAACUUGUCCACACACCCCAACGAGACAGUUGACCUGCCGAAAAUGAUUUUAACCCCAAGAAAUUCAGAAAAGUGCUUCCAAUACUGAAGAAGCCUGGUCAGCACCCACGCCGGGGCAUUUGUCAUGAGCAGCUCGCACAGAAUCAUCGCUGUUCAGGCAGUGUCACCCUCACAGUGAGCAGUCAAGGCCCCGAUGUCACAGGCGCCUACUGCCCGUGGCACGUGAGCAUGACGGGAACCGCGAGACUCCUGGCCUUCUCCAAACCACAGAACGCAGGUGCGAGAGAAGUGUUUGUGGGCGAAGCGGUCAGUGAAAACACCGCAGCUCUCAGUGAACAUUCCUACAAAGUGUGACUGUGUUUCCUGCCGGGUCUCCACUGCCUUCACCACACUGCGGAGCAAGCCAGCCCAUGCCCAAGCCCCUGGGGUCAAGCACACUGGCCAGUGUGGAGUAAGGAGCUCCCACUUGUUUUUCAGUGGCUGGAUGGCAAUAUUCAUGCCCUUUAAAUACUCCGAAAUUCAGCAUUUGACGUUUUCCAAGAGUUAUGUCCAGUUUCCUCAUGUAUGUGUACACAUAAUCUUUCUGCGGUAAAAGUCAAGUGCCCUUGCAAUCUCUCUAUUCAUUCUUCCAACAAAUGCCAUUGAGAGAAUAGGUGUGGAUUCAGGUAACACAAGCAAACUUAGUGACAACCAGAGUAAAACACAACUAGGACUCUAUAUGCAUUUUGGGAAAAGAAACACAAUGUCCUUCAAAUUCAGUGAGAAUCCUUUUUGGCUUGCCUUACUACUUAGCUGCGUUAGUGUGGCUAAGACGUGGUUUUAGACAGUGACAUAACCCUUAUCAUGGCCUCAGUGGUUUCAGGAAGGCAAAUCCCUUUAAACCCAUGUCUACAGCUAGAGCCCAGUGUAUUCUGAUUUUUGGGAGUGCUCCUCUCUUAUUAUCCUUCUCCCUUGACACUGUAUACCGCCCUUUCAUUCCAAGACCUCCAAAGUCUCGGUCGAUAAUCGGUAGAAGCCCUGCACAUCACUUCUUAAAUCCCAUGUCUGAUUUUUAGAAAUUUAACAAGUAUGUAAUCCAUUCCGUCAUUGUGUGUAGCCAUGGAUAAACGGACUCCUUGGAAUUAGCUCUCUGGAAGGAACCAAUAAAUGGGUUGAUUUAA